UAUAGCAACUCAAACUCACAGGCAGUUACCACGAUGGCUAGCGAAAACAUUUCAGAAUUUUACUCUGCUGUUUGCGCUGAACAUGGGACAAAAAUAAAUCCAUUUAUUUUAGACGUGUUAGAGAACACGGUUGCAGCCGAAAAUGUCACAUUAAAACUGGCAGGAAAUAACCGAUCGAGACUCGUGCAGAGACUGGAUGACAGAGACAUUCUUGCUCUGUCAGAAUGUCUGAAAAACUACAAGUGUGUGACAGCAGGUCUUGAUAUCAGCUUCAAUAACUUAACAGAUGAAGGAGUUAGAUACCUAGCUGACCUCUUACAGGAGGAGAGCUCAGCUCUGAAUGCUAUGGACUUAAUGUUCAAUAACAUUCAGACAGACGGCGCUCAAGUUCUCGCUGAGAGCCUGCAGUGUAACAGCACCUUGCUCUCUCUCAGACUGUCAGGUAAUAAGAUCGAAAACAGAGGAGCCAUGCACCUGGCCAGUAUGCUGCAGGUGAACAGUUCCCUGGAGGAGCUAGAGCUGGCUGCCUGUGAUCUGGCCACUCAGAGUGUGAUAGCAUUUGCUAUCGUCUUGAAAAGCAACAAGACUCUCCGCUCUGUCGAUAUUAGCAGGCCACUGCUCUUCAGCCACCAGGAAGAGUGGGCGGUGCACUUCUCUGAUAUGCUGAUGGUGAACAGCAGCCUGGUGGAACUCCACCUGGGGAAGAUGGGAAUGACUGACUCCGGGAUGGAGAGCCUUACUGAGGGCCUGCGGCACAACCACAGCCUGCGCUACCUGGACAUACGCUGUAACCGUGUGACUCGUGAUGGUGUGCUUCAUCUAGCCAAGCUGUUGAAAGAGAACCCAACCCUGGAGAUCAUAGAUCUGUCGUCCAAUCGGAUUGAAGAUGAUGGUGCUGUGUACCUGAGUGAGGCCAUCACCUCGCCAGGCUGCAUCCUGAAAGAGCUGUCUGUCAGCAGUAACAACAUUAAGACCGAGGGUCUGCUGUCUUUGGCUCAGGCUAUGAAACUUAACACAGUUCUAAGCCACAUCUACAUCUGGGGAAACCACCUGGAGGAGUCCGUCUGUCAGGCCUUCAGAGAGCUGAUCGCCAGCGGACGCCUGCCUCCACAGCAGACAGAUGUUUGCGCGUAUGAGGUGGAUGGUCACGUGUUUCUCGCUGAGGUCUUCAACAGUUUGAGGAAACACUAUUAGUGGACUACCAGCUCUGAUGAUGCAGGUCAUCAGAGGUGAGCUCACAGCUGCUGAGGCGGAGCUCCGUGAUAACUGACGGUUGCAAAGCAUCCAGGAGCAGCGCUAAAUGACCACCAACCACUUUACACCAGGAAAC